UUAGUAUACACAAUUUAGCUGGUAGUUUACCUCUGGCCAUUAUUUGACCAACGCAAGCACGGUUGUCCCGGUAGGCAACAGUGCGGCGUCACAGUGAAAGAAAUUUACCGAACCAAAACAGAAAAGCGUGAGCUAGACCGCCGUCAACGAUUAUGAGCCUUCGAGCUCGUAAUCUUUGGCAAGCAACACACCGUCUGACCUCGCCCUCACUGGCUCGAGUUUCGCCUCGCAGGGCCGGUUCUACAAUUACGAGCACCUUUACCGAGAACGGCGCACCCCAGGACGCUCCUUCCUUCACAAAACCUUCAGUCCCUGGGUUUCACAUAUAAAAGCCACCCGCACGCUCAGAGCCUGUUGUCACUGCCUCGCCACACAGUACCUCGAAUGUCAACAUUGAAUAUGUCCUCAGGAAACAGGCCCAAGGAUGUCACGAUGGACACCAUCUCUGACCAGAUGAACGUGUCACUUACUCAAACGGUCGCGAACGCGUCCGUUCGGAACUCUGCAAGCUCACAUGUUCCUCCUGAGAUCCUUCAAACAAUCUUUCGCCAUCUUUCAUUCUACGAUCUCAUCCGUUGUCAGCGUGUCUGCAAGGAUUGGAGGGCGCAUCUUCCUGGCAAUGAUCCUAGGCUCCAAGAAGCGCUCUACCAGCGAGCAAAGUUUGCUGUUUCUGAUAAACACCCCGAUACAACGCCACAAAUUCAUCUGCACCUUGAAAUCGACAUGAAGCUUAACAGGCAACCCAAUGAGCUCCCUCGGAUCGCAUUCGAUAUCGGCACCUCAUCGCUACGGAAAACAUCCUUCGGCAAGACUGUUCCCCAUCCUGUGUUGAGCGGGUGGAACGAAUUCAUGCCUUUGGUCAACCCGAACUUCAAGAUCCAGGAGAAACAUCGAGUUUGCAAUCAACUUCGAUUCUUCUCUUUCGACGAGUUGAAGCAGUUGACAGAUACGUCAAAGUUCGCAGGUCACUACAAGCAGGACGGAUCGUGGAGGAAUAUGUUCAUGUGUUUUCCAACCGUCAAAGAACUGAAAUUGCUUGUUUGCUGGCCGAUCAAAGAGACCACGCAAUAUAUCAAGGACGAUGAGGGUGUAACGUUGGGACGGUUUGUGGAUUUGCUGAGAAUGCAACUGAAGGUUACGGAACAGGACUCGAUAAAUCAGAUGGACCGUAUUAUAUUCGUCAGGCGUGAUAGCAAACUCGGACAUGACAUCGCGGUUGAUUGCGAUGAUUCUGACAGCGAUGAUUCUGAUAGCGAUGAUUAAGAUAUCGAAAGCUAUGAUGAAGAGGAACCCGAGGUAGUUGAGGGCUAGGAGGAUGUAGAAGGUCAGAAAAGCAUCUCGUCCUCCGGCGAAAAUCACUGAGUAUACAUUGUUCAGUAAACCCUACACAAAUAGUAAUUGACCGGCUAGUGUCAAAUCCUCAAACUCACCCGCCCAGUAUGCGGAGGAUCAAAAGUAAGAUCAGGUUUGGGCUACGCCUCUGCAGAUGAAGCUAGAAGAAAAGGGAGCAUAGCUUAGGCAGAAAAGUACGAAUUCGCUGUUCAU